CUCUCUUCCUUUCCUUUCUGUAGUCUUGAAAAGGAAUGCCUGCACCAACCAACCCCUGACUGAAUAUCGUCAACAGAGGGAACGAGUGAGAUAAAAGAGGAAGAUGGGGGAGACUGAGGACGAGCGUACAUCUCAGGCUGGCCAGCUGUUUGAGAACUUUGUGCAGGCCACUACCUGUAAAGGCACCCUGCAGGCCUUCAGUAUCCUCUGCAGGCAGCUGGAGCUGAACCUCUCGGACCACAGGGACUUCUACAGCAGCCUGAAAGCUGCCGUCACCUACUGGAAGGCCAAAGGCCUCUGGGGGAAACUGGACAAGAGAGCCAGCCACAAGGAGUACAAUAAGGGCAAAGCCUGCGUGGACACCAAAUGUCUCAUCAUUGGUGGCGGUCCCUGUGGCUUUCGGACCGCCAUAGAGCUGGCUUUGCUUGGCGCCAAGGUCGUGGUGAUUGAAAAGAGGGACACCUUUUCCAGGAACAAUGUCCUUCACCUUUGGCCUUACACCAUCCAUGACCUCAGGAACCUGGGAGCCAAAAAGUUCUAUGGAAAGUUCUGUGCUGGGUCUAUAGACCACAUCAGUAUUCGUCAGCUGCAACUCAUGCUGUUAAAGAUUGCUCUCAUUGUUGGGGUUGAGGUGCACGUCAGCGUGGAGUUUAUCAAGCUUCUCGAGCCACCUGAGGGCCAAGGCACUGAUGGGCCUGGAUGGAGGGCAGAGGUCCGGCCAGCCGAUCACCCCAUCUCAGGCUAUGACUUUGAUGUGAUAAUUGGAGCAGAUGGAAGGAGAAGCACUCUUGAUGGCUUCAAGAGAAAGGAGUUCAGAGGGAAACUAGCUAUCGCUAUCACUGCAAACUUUGUCAAUCGCAACACGACAGCGGAGGCCAAAGUGGAGGAGAUCAGCGGAGUGGCCUUCAUCUUCAAUCAGAAGUUCUUCUUGGAGCUCAGGGAGGAGACAGGCAUUGAUCUGGAAAACAUUGUCUAUUACAAGGACAACACGCACUACUUUGUCAUGACUGCAAAGAAACAAAGCUUGCUGGACAAGGGUGUGAUCAUCAAUGACUAUAUUGAGACCGAGCGGCUGUUGGCGAGCGACAACGUAAACCAAGAAGCUUUGCUCUCAUACGCCCGGGAGGCUGCAGAUUUUGCCACAAACUACCAGCUUCCCUCUUUGGAUUAUGCCAUCAACCACUACAGCCAGCCAGAUGUAGCCAUGUUUGACUUCACCUGCAUGUACGCCUCAGAGAACGCUGCGCUUGUGAGGGAGAAGAACGGCCGUCAGAUGCUGGUGGCGCUGGUUGGAGAUAGUCUUCUAGAGCCUUUCUGGCCCAUGGGGACAGGAUGUGCUCGAGGGUUUCUGGCUGCCUUUGACACAGCAUGGAUGAUAAAGGGGUGGGCUCAGGGCAAAGAACCCCUUGAUCUUCUGUCAGAGAGGGAGAGCAUCUACAGGCUGCUGCCUCAGACGACCGCAGAAAACAUCUCCAAAAACUUUGAGCAGUACACCAUAGACCCAGCCACACGCUACCCCAACCUCAACUCCACCUGCGUACGACCACAUCAGGUGCGGCAUCUGUACAUUAACGGCGAGCAGAGCUUGAGUUUUCAGGAGCGCAGUGGACCCACACGCACAUCCGUAAACAUCUCCACAAGAGAGUCAGAGGUGCGUCCCGGCCGGCUGCUGCAGUGGUGUCAGAAGCAGACUCAGGGCUACAGGGGAGUGGAUGUGUCUGACCUUACAACCUCCUGGAGGAGCGGCCUGGCUCUGUGCGCCCUCAUUCACCGUCAGCGGCCGGACCUCAUUGAUUUUGACUCCCUGAACGAGGCUGAUUGCGCUAAAAACAACCAGUUGGCAUUUGACGUGGCAGAGAGGGAGUUUGGAAUCCAGCCAGUCACCACAGGAAAGGAAAUGAAUGCGGAACAGGGGCCAGACAAGCUCAUUAUGGUGCUCUACCUCUCCAAAUUUCACGAGAUGUUCCGCAACUCUCCUCAAUCCAUCACAGGUGUGCCCAAAGAAACUGGUGCAAAUAAUGAAAACUAUUCAUCAAAGACCACAAACUCUCUUUACAACUCAAUAAAUCAAGCACUGCCUCGGAAGAGAAUCCCAAAGGUUGAUAAAAUGCUGGAAGACUAUGACAACAAAAAGAGGAAGAAGGCCAGGAGUCAUCUGGAGGAGCUAAUGCCCAAUCAGAGUGCUCCCCCUGUAGGUGAGAAAGAGGAACAGAAGGAAAAUAAGGUGCGCUCCAUGGCGACUCAACUGCUGGCCAGGUUUGAGGAGAAUGCACCAAGCUGUGGAGUGCGCAAACAGUCUGAAUCGGAGACUGACAAACCCGUAACUCUGGACAUGACAGAAAACCCACGUUUUGCCAAACCUAAGAGCCAGCCCGCACCCCUUCCUCCCCCACCUCCCAAACCAAAACGGCAGCCUUCUACAUAUCUUAGACUGCUGGAAUCUCACACGAGGAAUGAGACCCAUCAUUCUGACCACCGUUUACAAAUCCUGUCCAGUCACGGCCACAAAGAAAUCCAGUCCAACCACAAAAACACUGGCAUUCACCAUAGUCCCCAGCUAACUGAAAUUCCCUCAAGUUAUCAAAGCAGUGAGUCCCGUCCCAGAUCUCCUCAUAUUCCCUUCAAAGUGCUUCAGUUGGAUUCACUGACGGCAGACCCCUCAGAUUCAGUCCCAUCCUUCACACCAGCCCUGAGCACCAUGUUUCAGUGCCAACAGAAGCUGGAAGAGGAAGUCAGUCAGGUGAAUGGUGUGAUGCAUCAAUCAAACUCAUUGCAUUUCUAAAAUAGGGCAAUCUUAAACACCUCAGCAACAGCAUAGUAACCAAGAAUAACAUUCUCAGCAUGAGUUUUGCAUGCACUCUAAAUAAUUGCUUCUAAUGUUUUCUGGACAAUACAUAAAAUUAAUUUUAAAGAAGUCAUGAACUGCCAUUUUUAUUUAUUUGCACUGUUCGCUAUGGCAGACUUAUCAAGAUAAAAAAAAAAAAAAAACCUCAUG